AUGACAGUUUUUGCUGGAUGUCUAACUCAAACCGGAAUAGAUAAUUUGAAAGAAGAUUCAAAUGCUGGCACAAAAUUAGAUGCAUUCUUAUUGGAUGUUGGAGAUGAUAAAUCCUGUCAGGAGGCUGGAAUAUAUAUCGAGAAACAACUCGCUGGAAAACCACUUCAUGCAGUUGUGAACAAUGCUGGAAUCACCGGAAAAUUCUUGAAAGAUGAUUUCCUAGACAUCGAGGAAUACAAAAAAGUCAGUGAUAUCAAUAUGUUUGGAGUUAUUCGAUCAACACAUGCGGUCAAGAAACUUAUCAAAAAAUCGAAGGGUAGAAUAGUUAAUGUUGUAAGUGCAGCUGCCAGAAUUGCUCUACCAGGUCUUGGACCAUACACUGCUUCGAAAUACGGUGUUUCCGGAUUUUGCGAUGUUCUACGACAAGAGUUAGCACCUUUCGGUGUCAGUGUUCAUAUCCUAGAACCUGGACUCUUUGAUACUCCAUUGGUAGCAAGAGAAAAGAUUCAAAGGGAGAUUCAGAAAGCUUGGGACGAGGCGCCGAACGAUAUCCGUGAAGAAUACGGCGAAGCUUUCUACAAUGAAAGUGAGUAAGGUUCUCUGAUUCGAUAUACUGAUAAUGAUUUUGUAGGUCAAAGAGGUAUCCAUUCUAUUCUCGAAAAGUUUAGCAGUAAAGAGAUAAGUUUGGUUGUCGAUGCAAAUUUUCAUGCAAUGACUUCAAAAUGGCCAAGAGCGAGAUAUCAAGUUGGAUGGGAUAGUAUUCUACUGUGAGUAAGGGAGUUAUAGUGAGCUGGUGUAAAUCGGCCGAGAACCAGACUGACCACGACUGGUUACACUCUUCGACCAUUGUCACUUUUCAGAGUAUUACUAAAAGCGUUUCACAAGAAGAAAUAUAAGCGUUUUUCAAGUGACGCGUGACAUUUUAAUGAAAAAAAGAAAGUUUUUCAUCCUCCAUUUUUUCCCAACUUCAAAAAACCCUAGAAAAACAAAGAAAACGAAAAAAGGAUAAACUUGUCACUCACUCAAUAAUAAAUACCCAAGGGCUUCUUUUUCCAGCUACAUUCCCUUCUCAUAUCUACCAACCGGUGCGCAAGAUUUGAUUUUCCAAGCUCUCAACUAUUUCAUCAUGCCAAAACCGGCGAAAUGCUAA